CCCUAGGGCCCAACAGUCUGCAAUGGAAGUGACAACCGCCCAAUUCACGUACUUCGUUAUCCUGUAUCUGUUGCUCCUGGCCGCCGUGGUGCGACCUCAGAUGAACUUCAGCGUGUACAUAGAAAUCUUUUACUUGCGCUCCCAAUACUCGGCCUUUAUGAUUCUGGGCUAUAGGCUCGACACUAUAAUGGCCGUGGUGGCAGCCCCCCUAAGCGCCGCCACCGUCUACGCCGUGUCCCAGUGGAAGGAGGUGCAGGCUCACGAGAACCCGCUCAACCAAAAGAUGAUCAUCACGGGAGUGGUCAGUCUGUAUGUGAUAGUCCUGGUGUCAAACGUAGCGAUCAAUGGGGUGGCGCUGCAGCAGGCCCUCAUCCACUUCGGCCAGUGUCCCCGAAAGGCGUGGCGCAUGUACGGCCAGAUGGCGGCCUCGGUUUUCCAGUCGUGGGGGGCAGGAGUAGAGGCCGCGAUCACCAAAAAAAGAAUGAAAAAGCCGCGGCUUGUCUAUCGUCUGCACUGA